AUGGUCACUGGAUCAUCAUCGUAUUUUCAAGCUCAUAAACUCGAAUGGCAUUUGAAACCUAAUCCAAGUACUAGGGCAAGCACAUUUUACACUGUUCCCAUCAUAUCAUUUAAUUCAACCAAGCAACCGCUAUAUAAUGUUGAAAAUCCCUAUUAUUUUGAUAUUGAAAAAGAAACACCUACUAUUGAGCAACAAAAAUCGAAAAUAAAUGAUUAUUUUAAAUUAUCAUUGUUCGCUUGUUUAACAUGUUUCUGGAUGGUUGGAGGAAUAAUAUGCCUAAUUCAAUCGUUACGUAUUAAACGUUUAAAAAAAGUAUGUGUUGAACAAGCAUUACGAAAAUCAAAUCGUUUACAUACAAAUUUAAUAUUAACGUACGUUUUUGGUGGCAUUACCUAUUUAGUUUUAGUUAUGACCGUACUGAUCUCAUUUUUUGUCGGUAUUAAAGGUUAUUUUGCAAAAUCAAUUUAA